GAGUAGUAACCGCCAGAAAGGAGUCGGAAGAGGUCACACGAGGCCCUUAACACCAGCAUGCCCAAGAAUAAAGGUAAAGGAGGUAAAACCAGGCGCAGGGGUAAGAAUGAGAAGGAAUCUGAAAAAAGAGAGUUGGUGUUUAAAGAGGAUGGACAAGAGUAUGCUCAGGUAAUUAAAAUGCUGGGGAAUGGACGAUUGGAAGCAUUGUGUUUUGAUGGUGUAAAGAGGUUAUGCCAUAUCCGAGGAAAAUUGAGAAAAAAGGUUUGGAUAAAUACUUCAGACAUUAUAUUGGUUGGUCUACGAGACUAUCAGG